AUGUCUGCUGUCAACUCAACAAAAGAAUUUAUUCUGACGGGAUUAUCAGGAAUUGAGAGAUACCAGGCAUGGAUUUCUAUUCCAUUUUGUGCCAUAUAUGUUUUAGCUGUUGUAGCUAAUGUCCUGAUCAUCUAUAUUGUGAAGGUUAAUCACAGUCUGCAUAAUCCUAUGUAUGUUUUACUUGCAGCUCUGUCACUUGUGGAUCUUGCUAUGAGCAGCUUAACCAUACAAAUUUUAAAGAUAUUUUGGUUUAAUCAGAGAGCUAUUGCUUUUGAAGCCUGCUUGUUUCAGAUGUUCUGUGUUUACUUUUUAUCAUCACUAGAAUCUUCAAUACUUGCUAUUAUGGCUUAUGACAGAUAUGUUGCUAUUUACUAUCCCUUGCGAUAUAUGUCAAUUUUAUCAUACAGAUUUUUAGCUAAACUAAUUCUAUCUCAUUUUUUCAGAGAUCUUAUCUUAAUAGGCUUGCUGGCAAUCUUAGCCUCCAGAUUGCCUUUCUGUUCAUCUAAUAUCAUACCACAUUGUUAUUGUGAUCAUAUUGGUGUUGUAAAAUUAGCAUGUACUGAUAUAUCUAUCAAUAAUUAUUUAGGCCUUUUAGCUACGACCUUAUGCCAAGUUUAG